CUACAUUUCUAGUAAGUUUCUCUCUUGACAGCUGGAGAAACUAAUUUAAAUUUAUUUUAACACUACUCAGAAUGAUUGUUGAAACUACACGUUAGUUUUUUUUCAGAGUUGCUGCAACACACACACCUUACACUGCUUAGUUUAAACCCAUAACACUGAUGUUCCGACAUAAGAUUCAGUUGGUCGUUCAACCCACCACUCCACAUGGUGAGGAACUAAUUGAGGAAGAACUGGGCCCAGGAUAUUCAGACGUGGAGUGCGAGGCCAGUUCCGAGUGGCCCUUGGAGGUGAAGUUGUCAAGGACCGCCCAUCAUAUGCUCGACUACAAAAUGUACCUCGCCGCGAGGCGCAUCCAGGCACAUUGGCGGCAGUUUCGCGUCCAGAAGCUGCUCCACCAACGCCAGCAGGCAGCAAUUACCAUACAGCGUUGGUGGCGUGGCUUUUGGAUGCGAAGCCAGCAGUCGCUUCACAUGGAACUGCUCCUGCAGAAGACAGUUCUCGACCAUUUUCAACGAGCGUCGAACACGAUUCAAGCUUUGUUCCGGGGCUGGCGCGAUCGACGGAACGUCCACGAUGACAACAAACUAAGACGAUCACAGAAGGAUGCCGUCGAGGAACUUCUUCACUCCUUGGCAGUUGAGAUGCGCAGGAUAAAAGCUGCGGGAUUCAUCGCUGGCACAGAAUCUUUAAGACACUCCAGACUUCUUUCAAAGGUUGAAAGGAUUAUUGCCAUGUUGGGUUUCCGCUUCCACAACGCGAGGGUACUUUCCCUGGUGGCUCGCAGAACGUCGUAUAAGGAUGAGCAAUGUCGAUAUUUCAAGAGAGCAGAUUUUUUCUUUGAGGUGCCCUUUGCAGGGCCGAACUUUUUUGAAAUGUGUUCCGAGGGCGUCACUAACGAUAUGAGAUUAGUGGAAACUGACAUUGACGAGUGCUACCACGACAUAAUCUUCGGGUACGAGACCUUCCAACAAAAUAGCAAAUUGAGGGAGCAUCUUCGUGCCAAGGCACUCCAAAAAUUACAACAACUGCGUAACCAUAUAAUAGAAAAAGAAAGGAAAAAAACUAGAGACUUCUGCGAAGAUGUCGCUGAUCAUAUCAGUAAAUGGCCAAUUUGGCAAAACAUCGAAUCCAUGGACAGCACGUCGGAAACAUUUUGUGGCGAAAAGUGUGAGUGCUUUUUCAGAAGAAUGGAAUAUUUGCUCGACGAGUACAAUGUAUCCUGCUAUUGCAAAGCCAAAAUGAACUCCAUAUAGAAUAUUGAGAAUAUUAAAUGCGUAUACUAUCUCCAAUUA